GUGUCCGGUUCGCCGUCGUGACGUCACUCGCUGGACUGGACGGGGCGGGGGGCGCGCGCACACACCGCGGCCAGCGGCGACUUUUUCCUCUUUAUUUUUCAUCAUCUUCUCCCUAAAAACACCCUCAUCGUCCCCGAAACACGCCGAGCGAGUCUCCCGGCGGCUGAGGAGCUCCGUCAUCGACGGGAUUGCGGGUGAUCGGGCGCGCGCGGCCUCCGCCGAAAACUUUCUCAGCGGCGCUCGUGACCGCGGCUAACGGACACCGGCGGCUCCGGACAUCACGAGAGAAGGAUCCGGCAGUCACCCGCGCGGAUAACGGAGAAAUAACGACAAAUACGGUCAAAGGCUGCGUGUAAAUAUAAAUAGAGUGUAAGUCGGUGAGCCGGAGCGCCCCCGCAGGAGUCCGCCGGUAAACUCCCGGUAAACACCGGAGACAUCCGCUCUCCGUGAAGGAGAGCAGAUAUCUGAACAUCACUCUAUCUGCAGUGAUGAGAUGAGAAUGAUCCACAUAUAACACAGAGACUGAUGAUGAAACACUGAACCACAGACGACUGAAGAUGUGAGGACACUGUGACUGAUGGCCGCCUCAGUGAAGGUAGCGGUGAGAGUUCGGCCCUUCAACUCCCGCGAAACCAGCCGAGAUGCUAAAUGUGUCAUACAGAUGCAGGGAAGCUCCACCUGCAUCUGGAACCCCAAACAGCCCAAAGAACCAGCCAAGAACUUCAGCUUCGACUAUUCGUACUGGUCUCACAGCACGGAGGACGACCCAGCCUUCACAUCCCAGCGGCAGGUGUAUCUGGACAUCGGUGAGGAGAUGCUGCUUCACGCCUUCGAAGGCUACAACGUCUGUAUAUUCGCCUACGGUCAGACCGGAGCCGGAAAAUCCUACACCAUGAUGGGAAGACAAGAGCCUGGACAACAAGGCAUCAUUCCACAGAUGUGUGAGGAUCUGUUCAAGCGCACCAGUGAGAACACGGAUCCGGAUCUGUCCUUCUCUGUAGAGGUGUCCUUCAUGGAGAUCUACUGCGAGCGCGUGCGGGAUCUGCUGAACCCCAAGAGUAAAGGAGCGCUGCGGGUGCGAGAGCAUCCCAUCAUGGGGCCGUACGUCGAGGAUCUGUCCAAACUCGCCGUGACCUCCUACGCUGACAUCAGUGACCUCAUGGACGCGGGGAACAAGGCCCGGACGGUGGCAGCCACCAACAUGAACGAGACCAGCAGCCGAUCACACGCCGUCUUCACCAUCGUCUUCACUCAGCGCCGAAGAGAUCAGCUGACCAGCCUCGACACAGAGAAGGUCAGUAAGGUGAGUCUGGUGGAUCUGGCGGGCAGUGAGCGAGCGGAUUCCUCCGGAGCUAAAGGCGUGAGAUUAAAGGAAGGUGCUAAUAUCAAUAAAUCUCUCACCACACUGGGGAAGGUCAUCUCUGCUCUGGCUGAAAUGCAAAACAGCAAAAGAAGGAAGAGUGAGUUCAUCCCGUACAGAGACUCCGUGCUCACCUGGAUACUGAAGGAGAACCUGGGUGGUAAUUCUCGUACAGCUAUGAUCGCUGCUCUCAGUCCUGCAGAUAUUAAUUAUGAGGAAACACUCAGCACUCUCAGAUAUGCUGACCGUGCCAAGCAGAUCCGCUGUAACGCUGUAAUUAACGAGGAUCCAAACGCUCGUCUGAUCAGAGAACUGAAGGAGGAAGUGAACCGACUCCGAGAUCUGCUGCUGUCACAAGGACUGAGCCGGCUGAUCACUGCUCCAGCUGCUGAAGUCAAUAACAACCGUGUGGGCGUCAAUCUAAUGCCUGCUGACCCCGCCUCCAAUGGAGCUCCACCCACAUCUGCACCUGCCCUGGGAGAAGGCCCCGCCUCUGAGAGUGACCCCGCCUCUCUGGAUGGCCACGGCCAAUUAGAAGAGUUUCAGGGCGAGAUGAUUACCAAUGAGGAGGCAGUGGAGAGACUGAAGGAAACAGAGAAGAUCAUGGCUGAGCUGAAUGAGACGUGGGAGGAGAAGCUGAGGAAGACCGAGUCGAUCCGACUGGAGAGGGAGACGAUCCUGGCUGAGAUGGGAGUGUCCAUUAAAGAGGAUGGAGGAACUGUUGGAGUGUUUUCACCUAAAGGGACUCCUCACCUGGUGAAUCUGAACGAGGAUCCAUUGAUGUCUGAGUGUCUGCUGUACUACAUCAAAGAGGGUGUGACCAGGGUUGGUCAGAAGGAUGUGGACAUCAAGCUCAGUGGUCAGUUUAUCAAAGAACAGCACUGUGUGUUUUACAGCUACAUCAACCAGAAUGGAGAAGUGGCCGUGACUCUGGAGCCGCUGGAGGGAGCGGAGACGUACGUGAACGGGAAGCAGAUCACCGAGUGUGUGCUGCUCAAACAGGGCAACCGUAUCGUGAUGGGCAAGAACCACGUGUUCCGGUUCAACCACCCGGAGCAGGCGCGUCUGGAGCGUGAGCGCAGCAGCUGUGUGGAGCAGCAGGGAGAGCCGGCCGACUGGAACUACGCUCAGAGAGAGCUGCUGGAGAAACAGGGCAUCGACAUCAAGCUGGAGAUGGAGAGGAGGCUACAGGACGUGGAGAUUCAGUAUCGGAGAGAGAAAGAGGAAGCAGAUCUACUGCUGGAGCAACAGAGACUGUACGCAGAUUCAGACAGCGGAGAUGAUUCUGACAAGCGUUCGUGUGAAGAGAGCUGGAGACUCAUUUCAUCCCUGAGAGAGAAACUACCAGCUAACAAGGUUCAGUCCAUAGUGAAGCGCUGUGGUUUACCCAGCAGUGGCAAGCGGCGCGAGCCUCUCCGAGUCUAUCAGAUCCCGCAGCGCAGACGCAUCAGCAAAGACCCCGAGCAGGUGACCAUGAGCGACCUGAAGCUGCAGGCGGUGAAGGAGAUCUGCUACGAGGUGGCGCUCGGAGACUUCAGGCACUCACGGCGAGAGAUGGAGGCGCUGGCCAUCGUCAAGAUGAAGGAGCUCUGCCGCAUGUACAACAAACGAGACGCGGCCGAGAAGGACACGUGGAGGGAGGUGGCACAGGACGUGUGGGACACGGUGGGCAUCGCAGACGAGCGCUCGCUGGAGAACACAGACGGAGAGAGCGGCUCAGCGGACGGAGAGAGCGGCAGAACCGGCGUCUACAACCUGAAAGCACACAUCGACAAACUGACCGAUAUUCUACAAGAGGUUAAAGAGCAGAACAACAUGAAGGACGAGGAGAUCAAAGCCCUCCGAGACCGCAUGAUGAAGAUGGAGAGCAUCAUCCCAGCAGUGCAGCAGGAUAAUGAUGAUGAAUCAGAGGAACUGCUUGCAUAUGGCGAUCAGGGGCGGGGCGAUGAGCAGGAUGGGUGUGGCCCUCUGGAGCUCCUCCCCAAACAGGAGCGAGUGUCACGGCUGAUGGAAGAAGACCCCGCCUUCCGUAGGGGCCGCCUGCGCUGGCUCAAACAGGAGCAGCUGCGUCUGCAAAACCUGCAACAGCAGCAGAUCACCAAGCGUCUGCGCAGAGGGGGCGGAGCCGGGGGCGGGGCUGGGGCCGGGGAGGGCGUGGUCCACCUUCCUGGAACAGGACGCUUCAUUCCCCCUCAGGACUGCAAGCUGAAAUUCCCCUUUAAGAGCAACCCGCAGCACCGGCUCUCCUGGGGCCCGAAUGUGUCCGUCACAGUGGACGACCUCAAGGACGAGCGCAGCGAGGGACGAGGCCCCGCCCCCGGCGUGCCGUUACUUCCUCUACCGUUCCAAGUGCCGGUCGUCAUGCGCGCGCCCUCCCCCAGUCGCCCCUGGCAACCUCGCCAAUACAGCAACGGUAACUUUGGCAACGGCAAUCAGUUUCCUCAGCAACAGUGGCACUACAGGCGCAACUCACUGGACAGCAGCACCAUGCCUGGCAACCAGAGUUACUACAGCAACGGUCACCACAACAAUAACGGCUCACAGCAGUCAAACCGCGGUCGCUAUCGGCGACAGUCGCCGGGCCCUUGCACACGUGGGGAGGGGGCGUACACACCGAUGUACGUCAAUCAUCAGCGGCCCGCCUUCCAGACCUACCAGACUCUACCGCACACACUCGUGGAUCAACAGCACGGCAAAUACCAAAAACCGCAGGGCUACGUCACCCCGCCGCGCAUGAGACGCCAGUACAGCGCCCCCGACCUGAAGAGCAAAGAAACGCCCAUCUGAUGUGUGCGUGACCGCUGUUUUACCGCCGUUCACUUAUGAUGUCAUGAAUACAAGCGAGUUGUUUUGAUGGGUUAGUCUCGUGUAGGCAGACUAUCAGUAGAAAGAGUUAAUUCUGGCCCACUUUAGACAGGAAGAGAGUGUUUGAGUGACAGGUAAGACCCGUUCGCUAUGAGAACAAUUACUAUGAUGAUGGUUUUAUAUUCAUUUUUAAAGGAGCGCUUACAUUUACUGUAGUUCUGCAAAUUUUUGCAAAGCUGUUUUGAUAGGAAUCUACACAAUUGGGUUAUAGUUAUCUUUCUUGUUGUGAACGGGCCUUCAGACUCCUGGCCCUCCAAUCAGAUUAGAGCUUGUGGUUUUUGGAAAGCUCUCAUUAUUUUAAGUGCAGUACUCAUGUUCUGUAUGGGUGGUCCGAGACUACUUAACCCAAACUGACCCAAACUCCGUUAACGCACCACGUCACUACUCCGUCUGUGUGUGUUUUGCUGUUCAGGAUCACAUACCUCUCCACAAUGACUCAGCCUGGGACUAGUUUUGCAUUAGUUUUGGGUGUUUGUAUGUUCAGCCUCAAUGUGCCUUAUUCAGAUGCCAAUAACCUCAGAGAUCACUGAAGGAAAUGCCAUGGGAGUGUGUGUGUGAGUGUGUGUGUGUGUGACGCUGAUGAUUUACUGUGUGAGAGAACUGAGAUGCAGGAGGAAGUUUUAAGGCCUGAUUCAUGGAUAUGAUUCUUUUGAACCGGUUCUUGAUAAUGAUUAAUUCACCUGAUUCACAACAGAACAACUCAAAACAACUUAAAGGAAGGUUUCAGUUCAGAUGUGUUCAUCACCAGCGAGAAUCAUUUGACUCACCCUUCAGAAUAUAAUUGUAUUUUAGUCUUUAAGCUUUUUUUUCAUUGUAUUGCGAUAAUGGUCUUUAGUGUAUCAAACUGAGCCAGAUGAUAACAACUGAAUGACUUAAAUCAAGAACCAGUUCAUUGAAACGAAUCAGCCGAAUUAAAUGAUUCACUGAAAUGAUUCAGACUAGAGGAGAGAAAUGAGAAACACAAAAGUGUUUACGCAAAUGACAGACAGCUGUCAAUCGCUGAUGAUGAUGAUGAUGGUGGUGAAGGUUAUGUGGAGAGUUCAAAGGUCAAUGUAAUGGACAUGUGGAAUAAAGAUGCAAGUUGUGUGAGUUUUAGAGUUGAUGUAGGGUUUUUUUAAGUUGUGAGGUAAACAUGCUGAUGAUGGAUGUUUUAAACUUAAUCAGAUGGCAGAAAUAUUUUGACUAUUUAUUGGGAAUAUGAGUUGUUUGAUCCAGUUCAACAUUAUUUUUGAGUGGCAGAUUUAAAUCAGUCCUGCUUGCGUGAGGCUGCAGUGGUGUAUCAUGCUAGAUGCUCAGAAUCUCAACAGAUAUCGCACUGAAGAUUCCUACUGGAAAAUCUCACUGGACAUUCCCGUUGCAGAAUCUCAUUGGAGAAUUUCAUUAGAGAUUCUUAAGAAUAUUUCCACCAGAGAUUCCUACUGGAGAAUCUCUCUCUGAAGAGUCCCACUGGAGAAUCUCUCUCUGAAGAGUCCCACUGGAGAUUCCCACUAGAGAUUCCCACUGGAGAUUCUUAAGAAGGGUCUCACUGGAGAUUCCCACUGGAGAAUCUCUCUCUGAGGAGUCUCACUGGAGAUUCCCACUAGAGAUUCUUAAGAAGAGUCUCACUGGAGAUUCCCACUGGAGAAUCUCUCUCUGAAGAGUCUCACUGGAGAUUCCCACUGGAGAAUCUCUCUCUGAAGAGUCCCACUGGAGAUUCCCACUGGAGAUUCUUAAGAAGAGUCUCACUGGAUAUUCCCACUGGAGAUUCUUAAGAAGAGUCUCACUGGAUAUUCCCACUUGAGAUUCUUAAGAAGAGUCUCACUGGAGAUUCCCACUGGAGAAUCUCUCUCUGAAGAGUCCCACUGGAGAUUCCCACUGGAGAAUCUCUCUCUGAAGAGUCCCACUGGAGAUUCCCACUGGAGAAUCUCUCUGAAGAGUCCCACUGGAGAAUCUCUCUCUGAAGAGUCCCACUGGAGAUUCCCACUGGAGAUUCUUAAGAAGAGUGUCACUGGAGAUUCCCACUGGAGAUUCUUAAGAAGAGUCUCACUGGAGAUUCCCACUGGAGAAUCUCUCUCUGAAGAGUUCCACUGGAGAUUCCCACUGGAGAAUCUCUCUCUGAAGAGUCCCACUGGAGAUUCCCACUGGAGAAUCUCUCUCUGAAGGGUCUCACUGGAGAUUCCCACUGGAGAAUCUCUCUCUGAAGAGUCUCUCUGAAGAUUCCCACUGGAGAAUCUCUUUCUGGAGAUUCCCACUGGAGAAUCUCUCUGAAGAGUCUCACUGGAGAUUCCCACUGGAGAUUCUUAAGAAGAGUGUCACUGGAGAUUCCCACUGGAGAAUCUCUCUCUGAAGAGUCCCACUGGAGAUUCCCACUGGAGAAUCUCUCUCUGGAGAUUCCCACUGGAGAAUCUCUCUCUGAAGAGUCCCACUGGAGAUUCCCACUGGAGAUUCUUAAGAAGAGUCUCACUGGAGAUUCCCACUGGAGAAUCUCUCUGAAGAGUCCCACUGGAGAUUCCCACUGGAGAAUCUCUCUCUGAAGAGUCUCACUGGAGAUUCCCACUGGAGAAUCUCUCUCAGAAGAGUCCCACUUGAGAAUCUCUCUCUGAAGGGUCUCACUGUAGAUUCCCACUGGAGAUUCUUAAGAAGAGUGUCACUGGAGAUUCCCACUGGAGAAUCUCUCUCUGAAGAGUUUCACUGGAGAUUCCCACUGGAGAAUCUCUCUGAAGAGUCUCACUGGAGAUUCCCACUGGAGAAUCUCUCUCUGAAGAGUCUCACUGGAGAUUCCCACUGGAGAAUCUCUCUCUGAAGAUUCCCACUGAAGAAUCUCUCUCUGAAGAGUCUCACUGGAGAUUUUCACUGGAGAAUCUCUCUCUGAAGAGUCUCACUGGAGAUUCCCACUAGAGAUUCUUAAGAAGAGUCUGUCUGGAGAGUCCCAGUAGAGAGCCUCACUAGAAAUUUUCAUUGGAGAUUCCCACUGCAUCCCGUCAGACAGAGAAAAUGCUUGAAUGUUCAGAGACACACGGGAGGCUGUUCUUGAGUUUUUGCUUCAUCAUGGUAUCUGUGUGGCAGGUGGACAGAGUUAUUACAGUGAGACAUGACAUCACUCAACUAUCACAGGAGCUUUUCUGACUGUGACUUUUAACACUUCUGGACAAUCAGCUGAUUAUGUUUUGAUGAUGAAGACGAUGUCUUUUAUUUACACUUGCAGACUAUUUCCUGCCGUAAUAUGACGUUUGUUUGGUUUAAUUUGCCUUUUUCAGUUUGAUUAUGAUUUCAUUGAGUAAUUAGUGUUUGUGCAGUUAUGUAUGUGUGCGAGGAAUCCGCUGAGUUCAUUUGCACAAACACACACGUGCACUGUUCACUCUGUGUGUGUUUUGUUUGAGGUUGACAUUGAUGUUGUUUCCAACAUGAUGAACCUCAAGUGUCUCACUGGACACAAGCUGCCACUUCUGUUUCUGCGCUUCUGUUUGUUUUAUUCUGGGUUUUGAGUUAUUUUUGAGUUUUAAAAUGGUUAAAAAUGUCAAUAAAGGACAAUGUAUAAAAA